UAAAAUCGUGUUGUCGAUUGCCAAUUUUUGUGAUAGUGGGAGGUAUAGCACCAAUAUAUUGACGGUUUGACAAAGCAGAAUUGUCAAUAAAUAUUGAACAUGUGCAGGCCUCUUUAUUUGUUGUAAUGUUGGCGGCUAUUCUGUUUGACGUAUACAAAUAAAUACUGUGGCUGUCACACAAGAGUCGUGACAAUUAUGAGGAGAGAAGUGUGGCAAACGGGCAGAGGUUGCUGAAAUAUGGAUUUACGAAAGUGGGCUAUAUUUAGCCUACUUGAGCCACGUUUUGUUUCAAAAAUCAAGAUUGCCUGUGUUUUUGGGAACAGUGGAAAUGAAGCUCUAAUAGUUACAGAAGAUGACAGUGUUUAUGCACUGGGCUCCAAUUCUGCAGGAUGCUUGGGACUAGAAUGUCAUGAUAGCACACUUUUUCCAAAAAAAGUAAAGGCGCUUUGUCAUAAGCGUGUGGAAGGAUUUGCAUAUGGGAGUGGCCCCCAUGUUUUAGCAUAUACUGCAGAUGGAUUGGUUUUCUCUUGGGGUCACAAUGGAUAUUGUGAAGUAGGAGAUGGAACUUCCUGUCAGAGACUGAAACCAACAGUGAUUGAUAUGGCUCUUGAAGGCAAGCAUGUAGUUGCAGUUGCUGCUGGGAGCCAUCAUUCACUUACCUUGACUGAUGAUGGUGAGAUUUAUGCAUGGGGACAUAACAACUGUGGUCAGGUUGGUUCAGCAUUGAGCUCCAACCAGAGUGCUCCAAGAAAAGUGAACAGUGUAAUUGGUGGGAAGAAAUGCGUAUCCAUUGCUUGUGGCCAGACAUCAUCCAUGGCUGUGACAGAAAAUGGCGAAGUUUAUGCCUGGGGCUAUAAUGGUGUUGGUCAGCUAGGCAUUGGAAAUACCUCAAACCAGCAGACACCAGUGAGAGUAAAAGGUAUUCUUUGCUCUGUUGUGAUCACAAAAGUGGAAUGUGGUUAUUCACAUACAUUAGCAUUGUCAGAUAUGGGACAACUGUUUGCGUGGGGUAGCAAUGGGUAUGGUCAACUGGGCACUGGAACAAAAUCAAACUGCAAUUCACCAGUACAGAUUGCACAGGAUAUUGGCAGGAUUGUUGAUAUUGCAGCAUCGCACUAUUCACAAAUUUCUGCUGCCAUGACGCAGAAUUCAACUGUGUAUAUGUGGGGUUAUUGUCGAGGACAAAUUAUCACUCUACCAACAAAAACACCAUUUUCUUCCUUGCAUGAAGUUUUUGCCUGUUUCUCAACACCAGCUGUCAUGUGGAAGCCACUGGAAGUGAAACAACAUGAAGGGAAUACAGUGGCAGAAAGUUUAAGAGCUGCUUUUGAUGAUCCAAACACUAGUGACCUGACAAUCAAUGUUCAAGGUAGGCCAAUUUAUGUCCACAAGACAGUGUUGAAGAUUCGGUGCGAACAUUUCAGGGCUAUGUUUGAACACAAUUGGCAGGAAAGUACAAGAAGUGAACUCAAUAUGGAGUACUAUACAUAUCCUGUAUACAGAGCAUUUCUUGAAUACCUUUACACAGAUCAUGUCCUGUUACCACCAGAAAAUGCUUUGGAGUUGUUGGUACUUGCGACAGAAUAUUGUGAAGCACAGUUGAAGAGAUUAUGUGAGCAGAUAAUAGAACAUGGAAUAACAGUAGAAAAUGCUGCAUCACUCUAUGCUGCUGCUAUUCAGUACCAAGCAAAGGAACUUGAGGAGUUCUGCUUCAAGUUUUGUCUGAAUCACAUGACAGCUGUAGUUCAGACAGAUGAUUUCAGUAAACUUGAAGGUGACACCCUAAAAGAUUUUAUACGUAGAGCUGCUCAUAAUGGGGCAUUUAAGUCGUAGAUUAAUUCUUGUGUUCUCAUCUUGAGUACACUCAAAUAUGAUUACAAUGCAGAUUUAAAUCUGUCUGAAAAAAAAAAGAGACACAUGAAUUGUCUAGUGUUGAACUCUUCCAUGCGGUAAUAAUUUUUUUGGGGAUGGAGCAACACAACAGAUUUUUACACUGGUAAAUGAGUAUUGUUAAAUUAUGAAUGACCUGUGAUAAAUACAUCAGUAUUCUGUGGCAUGUAAAGAUUUUAUAUGUGAGUGUAAAGAACUGGUUUCUGUAUUUUUAUAUUCCAACAUGCUGUGAUCUAAGAUUGUUAUUAGCAAAGUGUGAAAUUCUUGAAAUUGUUAACUAACUUUUAUUUGUAAUUUAGUACUGUUGUAAAUAAAUCUGUUUGUACUUGUUGUUGUUCUCAUUUUGAAAUAAAAUUUCUGUGUUUUCUCGUGAA